UGUGAGUUAUUGACCAUCUCCUUAUCUUAUCUUCUCUUUUUCUUCUCUCUUUUCCUUUCUUUUCAUGUUCUCUACCACACUUCUACUAUCACUACUUAACCCCUUAAUUCUCAGUUUCUGUAGUAAAACAAGCUGAUCUUGCCAAUCGGAUCCACUUUGCCUUAAGGGAUCGCCAGCUUGGUGGGGCCACAGAGUUGAUGAAUGAACGCGAGGGAAGUGCAAAUUCCAGUUAUGGACUCCAUGCUGGAUACUGGGCAGCGUUCUCUGUUCUGCAAGAUGGGAAACGAAAUGCUGCCAUGAUCUCCAGCAUGAUCAGGAUAGGAAAGAUCUCCGCUUGUCUCAGGUGCAUCACGAUCCUCUGGAAACAAAGAAGAAAAAGAAAAAGCUCGGAGAGAAUAGAAGAGAAGAGGCGAGAAGAGAACCUUUCUUUGAGGAAAGAACAUUAGUAUAACACCAACCCAAUAAUGGGGUCACUUGCCGUAACAAGCAGAUCACCCCUCCCUAAAGCCUAAAUCUUUUAAAAGCUGCAUCGAAUCCUUAACACGCGCCUCACCACUCUCAAUCAUAUAUACUUUCUUCUUCUUGGUGCUCAACUUGCGUUCUUGUUUUUCCGGUGCCCGACUCAGUGAAUCGUAACUCUUCUCCACCCACGGCACACACGGAUGAAGAUCUGAACCAAGAGGAGCAAGAACAAGAACACAUCAACAGAGUUUUGUGGAUUGUGGUUCUAGUCCAGUGUCUUUGUUUUUUUCCCGCUGUUAUAUAUAGAACUUUGUAUCAUUCCCGGGUGGGAGAAGAUGAUGAUGAUGAGAGGAGGGCAAUCUGGGAUGAGCGCGAGCUCGUCAAGGUGUCAAGACUGUGGGAACCAAGCCAAAAGGGACUGUGUGUACAGGAGGUGCAGGACUUGUUGCAAAAGCAAAGGCUUUCACUGCCAAACUCACAUCAAAAGCACUUGGGUUCCUGCCUACAGGAGACACCAGAGACAUCAACAGCAACAGCAACAGCAACAGCAACAUCUCCUAAACAACGUUCCUGUUCACCAACAGCGCUCCCUCCAAGCCCAAAACCCUAAAAGGCACAGAGACACUUCCACAUUCCCAGGUUUGGACGCUGAAGGGAAUUUCCCUGCAGCGGUGAGCUCAACAGCCACAUUCCAGUGCGUGAGGAUGAGCACUGAAGAUGAUGAUGCAGCCGAGCAUUAUGCGUAUCAGACAUCCGUGAACAUCGGAGGGCAUGUCUUCAAGGGCAUUCUCUAUGAUCAAGGUCCCGAGAGCCAUUAUGGUGCUGCCGGUGGCGAGAGCUCUUGUCGUGAACCCGCCACCCUACCUGCUAAUAACGAUGAUAAUAACCCCGCCGUAUGCACUUUGACUUCAUCUUCAGCUCCGGCGGAUUCAAUCUAUCCUUGCUUGUAUCCGUUUCCUCUAGGCGCUUCGAUCUCGGGCACGCACUACAUUUUCCCGAAAUCUUAGCCCUCGUGCAGCUAAGUUCUUGGACAGGGAGAGCAGAUACAGAAGUAACGGGCCUGGAAGUAGCUCCGGCGAUCAAUGCCAUCAUGAUUGACUGAUUUUCAUUGGAGAAGUAUUAGGGGAGGUCAGUAGAAGAUCCCUUCAUGUCGCUCCUGCACAUCGUCGUUGUUGGCAGAGUGUAAAUUGUACAUCCUUACUUCUCUUUGAUCAACCCAUUUGUUGUUCUGAGAUACAUAUAAAUCCCUUCAGAUGCGGCGCAUGUUUUGGAUAAGUUCCACAAUUUGUCCCAUUGUCCAUAUUUUAAUGAUCUUCUCUUGUGAGUUUUAGUUCAAGUUCGCUUCUAAGUUCUUGUUGUUUAUG